AUGGCAAAGUUCUUUGCUGGGCUUUUUCAUCAGGCACUCGUCGUUGGUGAGAGUCUGGAUGAGGCCACACACGAACGCAUGCAGCACCGUGACCGCUAUCUGAGCCGGAAAAUGAUUCAGAUGCUGCAGGAGCUGCAGCAGCAGGAGCAGAGAAUCCAGCUGAGGAGGAUCCAGGCGCUGCAGAUGAUCCAGGAGCAGAGUGGCUUUGCCUGGGGAGCCCUGCUCUGCGCUGCCUUGCAGCAAUGGCAGUUCUGGGUCAUUGCUGCAGUCCUGGUCCUGCUCUGCGGGCUCUACUGGUGGCUCAGGAGAAGGAGUCGUCAGGCCAGCAGCAGCAAGCACAGCGGGUCCAGAAGCCUUGAGGAGGAAGAGGAGAAAGACCCAUUCCAUAGGGAUAGGUGGGUGGACAACUACACACCGUGGCAGCUGCUAAACAGGAAAACAGCGUGCAGGGUGGUGGAAGACCUGGCGAACGAGCUUCUCCGUGUCUGCCAAAAGCUCUCCAACAAAGACUUCAUGCCGCGGCUGCAGGCACCUGUCGGGUUGGGCAGCUUCCAAGUCAUGGAUCCCCAAGGAGACAAGCAUUAUGUCUAUCGCCUGCUUGUGCCCCUGGAGCCACCACCCGGGCACUCCUUCCACCUGGAGCUGAGCACCGAAGGCGAGAUGCCGGUGAGGAACUCCCGCCUGCGUGUGCAGUUGGAGUGCACGUGCAGUGAGGAUCAGCAGCCGGGAGAUUAUUGGCAGCCGGGGGACAUGCUCUGCUUCCUCCACCACUCUGAGGACCUGCUGAUGAACACGCAGGAAGCCAGCCUCCUACAAACCCUCUGCAUCGGCCCGUACCUCGACGUGCAGAAAACCGCCUUCCGGCUCCGGGUGCUGAUGAAAACAGCCUGCACCCUUGUGCCUCACAGGGACAUAUACGAGCUAACGGUGCUGCCCUCCACACAUUACUGCAGGAUCAAGAUGACCAGCAUCUUCGAGAAAUCCCGCUCCAUUGAGCUGGUCUUGGGGGUGCAGCACGGUGACUCGGACACAUUUGUAUGCUUGGAGUAG